CUGAAGUACUGCACUCUAACCACUGCGCUACCUUGGCUCUUCAUCAGAACUCAUCUGAUCCUUGGCUUCUGCUCUCAAACACUUUGAGUCAACCCAAAGGAUAUGGAAUAACUGGGAGUAAACUGGAAGCAAGCAGCCACAAGAUGAAGCAGCACCAGCAAAUGAGGCAGCCACACAGACAGUAGAGAAAAAGAAAUUGGAAAGCUAGUGUGCAGAAUGCAUUUCUAAUAGAAAAAGCUUCCUACCUGGGGAGUCAGUCUCAGUAUUUGGAGAGACUGCAUCCACAAAUUAUCGAUCAUCUGCUAGGAUAUCUUCAAAUUACAGAUGAAGUACCUAGAGCAAAUUAAAAGACGCUGAUGCAAAUCCACCACAAAAAAGAAUGGAAGACAAGUUACCCAGCAACUUGACCAUCACCAAUGGUUCAACUUCUAGCCAAAAACCACUUGAAGGCCAUAGUCUUUGGGAAGUAAUCACCAUCGCUACUGUAACGGCCAUCUUAAGUUUGAUAACCAUUGUGGGAAAUGUCCUGGUAAUGAUAUCAUUCAAAGUCAACAGCCAGCUCAAAACAGUGAACAAUUAUUAUUUACUCAGUCUCGCCUGUGCAGACCUUAUAAUUGGAAUAUUUUCUAUGAAUCUUUAUACAUCAUACAUAUUAAUAGGGCACUGGUCUCUUGGAAUUUUGGCAUGUGAUUUAUGGUUAGCACUUGAUUAUGUAGCUAGUAAUGCUUCAGUAAUGAAUUUGUUAGUUAUCAGUUUUGACCGAUAUUUUUCUAUUACACGUCCUUUAACCUAUAGGGCUAAACGCACACCCAAAAGAGCUGGGAUUAUGAUUGGUUUGGCUUGGCUGAUUUCUUUCAUUCUGUGGGCACCUGUAAUCUUAUGCUGGCAGUACCUUGUAGGGGAGCGAACUGUCCCACCUGGAGAAUGUCAAAUCCAAUUUUUGUAUGAGCCUAUUGUUACCUUUGGUACCGCAAUUGCUGCUUUCUAUAUCCCGGUUUCGGUGAUGACUAUUUUAUAUUGCCGCAUUUACAAAGAGACUGAAAAACGAACCAAGGAUUUAGCUGAGCUUCAGGGCUCCAGUUCUGUGACUGAGUUUGAAACAAUAAAGCCUCAGAAAACACUGCUGAAAUCUUGCUUUAGCUGCAGGCAACAAAAUUUAACCAAAAGAGACCAAUCUCAGGCUUCGUGGUCUUCAUCCAGUCGAAGUACGUCUGCCACAGCAAAAGCAUCUCAGAUUCAAAACACUUGCCAAGAUUGGUCGAGGGCAGAGCAGCUGACCACUUGCAGCAGCUAUGCCUCAUCUGAAGAAGAGGAAAAAUGCCCGCCUGAUCCAGUCUUUCAAGUAGCCUAUAAAACCCCUGUAAAAGGGAAAGUUGAUGAGCAAAAAGAAGAGAAAAAGGAAGCUUUUAUCAAAGACCAACAUAAGGAGAAUGACUAUGACGCCCAGAAAUAUUUUCUAACCCCGACCAAAAGUCAGGUGCAAAAAAGUAAUAAAUGUGUAGCUUAUAAGUUCCGGCUGGUGGUUAAAGCUGGUGGUGCACCAGAAACUAACAAUGGUUGCCGAAAAGUCAAAAUCACUCCUUGUUCUGCCAGUUUAUCCAAAGACGCUUCCAUCAAAAAUAUGGAUCCUAAUCUAAGUAAUCAAAUUACUAAAAGGAAAAGAAUGGUUCUUAUAAAAGAACGUAAAGCAGCCCAGACUCUAAGUGCCAUUCUUCUAGCUUUUAUAAUUACCUGGACCCCCUACAACAUAAUGGUAUUGGUUUCCACAUUCUGUUCAGAUUGCAUUCCUCCAACAUUGUGGCAUCUUGGCUAUUGGUUGUGCUAUGUAAACAGUACUGUGAACCCAAUUUGUUAUGCCUUGUGUAACAAAACAUUCAGAAAAACCUUUAAGCUGUUGCUUUUCUGUCAGUGGAAGAAGAAAAAAAUGGAAGAAAAAUUAUAUUGGCAGGGUAAUACAAAGCUGCCUUAAGUCAAAAUGAAGUAGCUGAAACGUAAUGAUCUUGGCCAGAGAGUGUAUAUUACCUACAGGUCUUUAUUUGUAAAGUUGUUGUUUUGUGUGUUUGGAAGCAAAAGAAGCAACAUUUCUAUGAUUUAUGAUUAUGAAGAAAACAGUCACAAUGUUGAACAUUUCUGUAAUUGGAACUAUUCAAAGGAGCAUUCUGAGUGUUAUUGAGACUUUUGGUCCUACACUUCUGUUCUAUAAUAGAAGAACACAGGACCUUAAUAAUUGGUGAUUGAAUAGAACCAUCAAUGUAUUUGGUUCACAUUCUUGCAGAGUAAUAUUAUGCCUUCUUAAAUAUU